AUGCCUCCCAAAAGAAAUAAAAAAGGAAAGGAUAAGGAUAAGGGAGAGAAAGUAAAUCAAGGCAAAAAGAACUCGAAGAAACAAAAGCCCCAAGAACAAGAACAACAACGACAAGCCGAAGAGCAGCAACAAGUGCAACCACCUGAACAGCCCGACCAUCAGCAAGAUCCAUCAGAACAACUACAAGAGCAACAGGGUCAAGAUCACAUAUCUGACUCGCCUGCGGCUGAACUUCCAAGUGACAUCCCCCCUUCAGCCUCUCCUCUCGCAUCACCGAAUCCCGAUACUCAAGUCUCUCCUACAGUAGAGACGUUACCGGAGCCCAUUUCUCCUACCUCCCCAGUACCACUACAGGAGGAUUCUCUAAAUCCAACCCAGGAUCACGUCGAAGACUCUGGUGUGGACCAAGAAAGCGAGAAAGUCGUAGCAGAGCCUACGACCAACCCGCAGGAAGAGUCCGAGCCCGUUCCUGAACAGGAACUAGAGAAACAGCUUGAGAAGGACCUUGGGGAGCAAAUUGAGAAGGACCUUGAGAAAGACAUUGAGAUAGUACCUGAGGAAAAGACCUUGGAGGAACUUGAGAAAGAGCUCGAGAAGGAACCAGAAAAGGAACCCGAAAAGGAACCCGAGAAGGAGCUCGAGAGAGAGCUCGAGAAAGAUCCUGAGAACGAACCUGAAAAGGAACCUGAGAAGGAAUCUGAGAAGGAUUUUGGCCAUCAACCUGAGGCAGACUUAGCCGAAGCACUCGAGGGACAACUUGAACACGACUUUGACAAAGAAAACGGAAAAGAAACCGAGGACAAAGCACAAGAAGAACUGGAGUAUCAGCCUUCCCCAAAAGUUCUGAGUCCGGCAUUGUGCGAAGCCCCUCCAGCGCCUGUUCAAAAAGCCGAGCCAAAUCUUGUCAAUGUAUCCGAUAGCCUUGAUAAGUCCGCGGAGUCAGUGUCAACUCCUCCAGAAAUAGUCCCCAAAACGCAAAGGCCGCCUCCGGUAGCGGAGUUUCCAGCCGCUUCGCCUAUAUUGUCUUCAGCGAGGCCGAAAACAACUUCUUCACCUGUAUACGGGUACUCACAGUCUCGGUCACCCGCACCCGUUCAUUCACCGCAUUACACCUACAGUGUUCCGUAUACUCAUCCCUACGCACCAUCUCCGAUAUACGCCAACGGAUCUUUGCACGAUCUUCAUUCCAGCGGACCAAUGGCGGUAUCCGGUCCACCCCACUGUUCUCCCGCACCGCGCCCGUCCGCCCUGGACGGGUAUCAUUCCAGAAUGGCCAGCCGCGGGUCCUUCGGCCGUGGUCACCCUGAUUAUCCGUUUAACUUGUCAUACCACCAACCAAAACAACGGCCAUCUACACCAACACAACAAAAGCCCGUUGAGAACGGCAACUCCGAAUCGCUACCCAUCGAAGGUGAUACCAUCAAGCUUCUCCAACGGAUUCAAAACGUUAUUCCCGAUAUUAACAGGCUUGUAACAAGCUACCGCGAUACACAAAAUCAACUGUCUUCCCAUGUCGCCCAAAGCAAGCAGAUCGAGGAGCAACACGAGCGGUCGUUGAUGGAAAAAGAGUUCUAUAUUGAUGCUCUGCAAGCGCAGAUCCAAAAAACAGCGAAGGAAAAUGCCGCUGAGUCUGCGAAGUUGAGAAACAGAAUUUCUGAGCUCAGAAUGGAGCUUGGUGGUCUGCAGGAACAGCACCGUGAUGUUGCAGACAGCUUGGAAGAGCUCAAGAAAGCUAACGAUGAACUCACUCUAGUCCGAUCCAGCCUGGAGCAGCAAAUCGCUAAUCUCCAACGGACUAUGCAAGAUGAGAAGGCUAGCCAUCUACAAGAAUUAAAACGUCGAGAGAUGCUCAAAUCGGACGCCCUCGCUGCCCAGAAAGAGGAGCUUCAAGGGCACUUCCAAGAAAUGAAGAAGAAAGACGACCAAGCCGCAGCCGAAAAGCUACGCGCUCGUGAGGAGGAGUUGUAUGGCGAACGAGACCAACUUAAGGCAGAAUGGGAGCAGCAAAUGGUUGCUCUCAACAAGUCCAAAGAUGACAUGGCCGCUGAGUAUGAAGGCAAGUUGGACACCAAGAAAACCGAGCUGGAAACUAAGCAGGGUGAAUUGGACGCGAAGCAAGCCGAACUCCAGGCCAAACAAAGUGAACUGGAUGCCAGACAGGAAGAACUUAACGCGACGAAAUCCGACCUGGAAGCGAAACAGGCUGAGCUAGUAGACAGGCAGAAAGAACUUGAAGAGAAGCAAAGCGAAGUCGAGGCAAAGCAGGAAGAGAUCAACCGUUUGAAGUCCGAGCUUGAAUCGAAGAUUGCCGAAUUAGAAGACAAACGUCGCGAACUCGAGCAGAAACAGGGCGAGCUCGAGUCCAAACAGACAGAGUUACAGGCCAUUCAGGACGAACUCCGGGAAGUCAAAGCGGAACUCGAAGAAAAGAAAUCGCAGCUGGAAUCCAAGCAAGCUGAUCUCGACAAAAAGCAAGAAGAACUUACUGCGAAGCAGGCGGAGCUCGACGAUGUGAAAGAGAAGCAUGCUGCUGAGCUUGCGGCGUUGAGGGCGCAAUUAGAAGAGCAGACAAAUGCGACCAAAGAGCGCGAUGAAAAGAUCGAAGCUAUGACAACCGAACAUCAGCAGAAAGAAGAACAAUGGCAGAAGGACCGUGGAGACUUUGAAGCGCAGCUUCAAGAGAAAACGGAAGAAUUGAAAGUGGCUCUUGAGGAGAAGGAGGCGCUCGCGGUUGACGGAAAGAAUAGGGAAGAACGGCUUCAAAGCAUCGUAGAAGAGAUGCGGCAGACACAUGAUAAUUUGAAUAAGGAUCGUGAGAGGCUCAAGAAGACACUGCAUAGUUUGGGGGAGGCGACAGAUAUGAAGAUUAAGGGAGAUGCUUUCUUCGUUGACUGCUUCGGUGAACUGUCUCGCCUCAUCGUUGAUCUCUCGAAAGAAUUUUUCGCAUAUAUCCCCAUCGAGCCGCCCGCCGAUAUUUUGGCGAAGAUACCCUCCGACCUUCCCCCCUUCCUGGAUAACACCCCGGCGUCACGCGAACUCCGGUCUGCCUACGUCCAACAUGUGAUCUCCAAAACGUUGACGUAUCGAAUCUUCCAGCCAUUCUUGUUCACCCUCGGCCGCAGAUAUGAUAAAGCGGAUACCUUCUUCCAAGUGUUGUCGAUGGACAUUCGUCGCAAGUCUGUCCGCCGUGAAGCGUUCUGGAGACAGCAGACAUUAAGAGCCGCCUACACUGCUUCUGACGCAAAACAAGCAAUUAACGUUGUGGCCGCUGUCAUCGUCGACGAGAUCGUGGACCACAUUCGCCACUUUACCGAUCCUAAACAUCUUGAUGCCCUUAUCACCAGUGUUCGAAAGAUUGUCAAAUUGGCCGCAGAGACAUGGCGCCUUGCUCGUGUCGAGAGAGAAUUGAUCGUGGCCUCCAUGCCGUCCGCCGACGAUGAGCAAGCCGCCAACGACUUGUGGGAAGAAUUCAUCUACGACCAAUCUUCAGCGAAGGCUAAGGAAUCCGGUGGACCCAAAGUCCCACUCCUUCGAAUGCUUCCCCGCAUUCACCGCGAGCCAGUACAUGAGGACUUCCUCCAGCCAGAGGAGGCCGAGAAGGCCAAUCCAUGUGUUUACCUGCCUGGCGUGAUUCUCUACACUGACUCCCCGUCCGUCAUUGCGAGAAGGGAAGAGAUUUCCAGGAAAACCGUAGACCCAUCGGCUCCCGCUGACGGGGCCGGAGAAACGAAUGGUGCUGAGAACCAAACCAAUGGCGAAGCCGAGGCGAAAGCAGACGCGUGAAAACGCCGGCAUCGAUAGAGGGGUUUAAAACUCCACCGCCGGUAUAAUGACUUAAAAGAUGCAAGAAUGUUUCAGUCUGUUGUUUUGAUGCUACAGCGGUGCAUAGCCAUGGGCGUCCUUUGGGAUGUAAGGUUACUGGAAGGGAUACUAUAUGCAUGAGAAAGAAUUAUUAUUUUUUUUUUCCACAUAUGUAUGAUUGGUUAUUGUUUGGCAUGGUGGUGUUGGCAUGGGAUACGUUCAUUUUCACAUUUUCCUUUCUACGCUUUUACUUCAAAUUGUCUUCUUUUCUUUUUCUUUUUUUUUCUUUCCAUUGGUUCUUGUUUUGUUUUGAUGAUUUUUUUUUUUUUUUUUGUUUCUAACCCUAUACACUCAUUUCGGAUUUCCUUGCUGUUAUGGCUUUUCUUCUAGCGAUGGAUUUUGGUUCGCCUGUGUUUUUUUGUCGGCUCAGCACACUGUGUCUGGCCAGAGUUAAUGUAGGGAAUAGUGCGUUAGGAAUAUGCUAUACAUUGAUAUUGUG